AUAAAAUGGAACAAAAUUGCGAAUUAAAAACAUAAAUAUCAAAAUAUAUACUUAAGAUAUGAAACUAGGGACUAUGAAAUAAAGAUGAACAGAAUCGUUGACGUAAGAAUAUCAUCCUAUAAUACCCAAGGGCCGAUGGGCCUUUGGAUAUUACAGGAACAAAAGACGAUAGUUUUAAUUUAAUUCGGUUCGGUCCGGAACAAAAGACUCAACGACAUUACGUUCAACGUUCGAUGAAGUGGAUAGAAAAAAUAGAUAAUUGCUUAUAAACGGAACUCCAUAUUAUAUAGUUUGCUACGAAAUGACAAGGAUGAAGUCCCAAAUAAACAAAACUGGAGUUUACAGGAUAACCGCUAAAUCGAAGACAAUAGGAUUAGACACAGCAUGCAUAGAGUUGAAUUACCGGCACGCGUAAUAUUAGCCAUUUUGGGAUUCUUUACCGUAACUACUAUCUAUUCACAUCGUGUUGUACUCAAUGUGGCGAUAGUAGCCAUGGUCAACAACUCGGCAGUGAAGUCUAUCAACGAAAAUAAGACUACAUCUCAAGAAUGUGUGGAUGCCACCGUAAAAAAUUCUACCCAAGAGGAGAAAGAGGGAGAAUUUGCUUGGAGCCAGACAAUCCAAGGAAUCGUUUUGGGAAGUUUUUAUUAUGGAUAUACCUUUGCUCAGUUCUUUGGUGGAUGGAUAUCAGUUCUUGUUGGAGCCAAAAGAAUACUGAUUAGUACUCUUCUUGUUACUUCUAUUUUAAUAUUGUUAACUCCUUCAGCAGCACGCUUGAGUUUUGUGAUGGUAAUCUGUGUCAGAUUCAUAAAUGGAUUAUGUCAGGGUUUGACAUAUCCCGCUGUGUAUACUCUCCUAGGAAGAUGGGCACCGAUGCAAGAACGCAGCACACUAAUUACUAUCUGUACUUCCGGAAACCAAUUUGGAACAAUUCUUGCCAUGUCACUAACUGGAUUUCUCUGUCAAUAUGGUUUUGCUGGGGGUUGGCCGAGUGCCUUUUAUGUAUUUGGGAUUAUGGGUUGCGUUUUGACAUCAUUUCUGAUUUAUUUUAUAUAUGAAAGUCCUUCAGUGCAUCCACGCAUCUCUACAAAAGAAUUGAAGUAUUUAAAAAAGAAUAUAUGUUCUUCUUCUAAUGUAACUGAUUCAUCUAAAAUACCAUGGAAAAGUAUUUUAACUUCUGGGCCAGUUUGGGCCAUAGCCAUUGCUAAGUUUUGUUGGUCAUGGGGAUUUUAUACGUUGUUAUCGAAGCUUCCAUCUUACUUGGCCACUGUUCUUCAUUUUCCUAUUCAGCAGAACAGUUUAAUCAACGCUCUAGUUUAUAUAGCAAAUUCAGCAUCUCUAAUUAUAUCUGGAUACAUAUCAGAUGUAAUCAUAAAAAAAGGAAUUCUCCAGGUUACGACAGUUCGAAAAAUAUGCGAAACUAUAGGAUUAUUGGGUCCAGGAAUUUGCAUGGCGAUCAUACCACUUAUUGGAUGCGAUACCUUAAAAGUUAUUAUACUCUUAACAAUCUCAAUGGGUUUGUUUGGUUGUAUCGGAGGUGGUGACAUGGUCGCUGUUGUCGAUUUAGCCCCGGAUUAUGCAGGUACGAUAUUCGGACUAACAAACGGUUUAUCUUGCAUACCAGGAUUUCUAGCACCUCAUUUAGCAGGAAUUUUGCUAGACAAAGACCCAGGCAGCAUGACCCAAUGGAGUUACAUUUUUUAUAUAUCAACAGGAUUCUAUGUGGUGGGUUUCUUGUCAUUUUUAAUUCUUUCGUCAGCAAAAAUACAGCCCUGGGCAAAAAGAGAAGAAAAAAACGAUAAAAAUAUUUAUACACUGGAUGAUCAAUACGAUAAAUUUUGUAUUCUUUCGGCAAAUUUGUCUGAAGAACAAUGUUCUAAAUAUUUUCCAUACCAUCGUUUAGAAUAUUUAAGAGAGGAGGAGGAGGAAGCGGAAGCGCUAGCGCUAGCGGAGGUGGAGGUGGAAGAGGAAGAGGAAGAAGAAGAGGAGGAGAAGUCAGGUGAUAGGAUAGCGUCAAAGAAAAAAGAAAAGAGUAUGAAGUUAUUGAAUCGCAUCCCUGCAAGAUAUGUUGUAACUAGCCUAGGCUUUCUUACUUUUUGCAUCUUCUAUAGCCAAAGAGUUGUAAUAAAUGUGGCUAUUGUUGCCAUGGUUAAUAACACAGCGUAUAUGAAAGUUAAAUCGAACCUGAGCAAUGAACUAAAUGAAAUGUGCCCCGAUACAAAAGGCACCAAUGUAACGUUCAACUAUAAAAGUGGUGAAUAUCUUUGGUCUCCCUCAAUACAAGGUAUCGUUUUAGGAUCAUAUUUUUACGGAUUUAUAUGUACCCAAGUGGCAGGAGGCAUGAUAACUGAAAAACUUGGUCCUAAAAAUGUGUUCACUGGCACUUUACUAAUUUCCUCGUUAGCUACUAUGUUAAUUCCAUUCUUGUCUGAACAUGGAGCCGCAUUAGUUAUUGUGCUAAGAUCGCUAACGGGAUUAGCACAGGGUGUAGCGUAUCCAGCCAUGUACACAUUGCUUUCUCGGUGGUCCCCUGUUGUAGAAAGAGGUACUCUUGCAGCAUUUUGCUGGACUGGGAACAAUAUGGGAACAAUCUUAUCGAUGACAGUUACUGGUUAUUUAUGUGAAUAUGGUUUUAGUGGCGGAUGGCCAUCGGCAUUUUAUGUUUUUGGUGCAUUAGGAUGUUUGAUGUUCCUAAUUCUUUUGUUGUUUUUAUACGAGAGUCCAGAAAGUCAUCCGAGAAUAUCAAAUAAAGAAUUGUUCUACAUUCAGCAAGAUCAAACGAAUAUAACUGCUAAACAGAACAUACCUUGGAAAGGUAUACUCACUUCAGGAGCUGUUUGGUCUUUAGCAAUUGCUAGAUUCUUUUCUGCUUGGACAUUUUUUACAUUACUUACUAAAUUGCCGGCUUAUUUUGAAUCUGUUCUGCAUUCUCCCAUUGACGAGAAUGGGUGGAUGAACUCUGUCUUUCAUUUUUUAUUGGCUCUUUCGACUUUGUUUUGUGGUUACUUUUCAGAUUUUCUCAGGAAGAAACACAUUUGUGGUUUAACGACUUUAAGAAAGUUCUUCGUAUCGGGAGGUCGGCUGUUAGUCAGCAUCUGUUUGAUGAUCGUCACUCAGAUCGGAUGCGAUAAAACUUUGGCCAUCUCACUUCUGGCAAUUUCGUUGACUGCUUUCGGAAUGAAUGCUGGAGGAGAUGUUCCGAUUAUCAUGGAUAUGGCGAAUAAUUAUGCGGGAAUAUUGUUUGGUUUAACCAACGGUUUUGCUUGCUUGGCAGGAGUGUUUUCCCCUCUUAUAGCGGGAGUUAUACUAGAUAAAAAUGAGGGAAGCUUGACUCAGUGGAAUAUCGUCUUCUAUUUAUCAAGCGGAUUAUGCACAUUUGGUAGUUUAAUAUUUAUUAUUAAAGGCUCGGCUGAAAUUCAACCUUGGGCUAACCAGCAGUCUGAAAGACAAAAGUCAGUCCAAAAAGUUAACGCUGGAGAAUGCAUCUCCACCUUAUAUGUAUUUCCAGCUAGAUACAUCCUUACCUUAUUGGCAUUCCUUACUAUGUGUUUUCAAUAUGCUCAAAGGGUCAUACUUAGUAUAACUAUGGUAACAAUGGUCAACAUUACGGACACAAAUGGUCAAAACUUAACCGAACGACUUGUUAAAGAUGAUAAUGUUGAAAUUACUCAGAUUUACAAAGAAAGUAAACAGUAUGAUUGGUCACCAACCACUCAGGGAAUUAUGCUUGCCGGAUUCUUUUAUGGUUUUUUGUUUGGACAAUUAAAUGCCGGAUGGGUUAUUAGCAGAAUUGGAGCUAAAUUAAUUUUUGUGGGAGGCACAGCAGUUUGCUCAUUAUCGGUUUUUAUCAUUCCAUUAAUUACAGAUUUCGGUUAUGAAGUUGUUGUGAUUGCCAGAAUUUUUACUGGAUUAUCACAGGGAUUAUCAUUUCCUGCUAUGUAUAAUCUCAUCGCUAAAUGGGCGCCAAUAAGAGAAAGAAGCGCAUUACUUUCUAUUUCUGUUUCUGGUAAUAGCAUAGGAACUGUAUUGUCUAUGAUAUUAGGUGGUUAUUUAUGUAAAUAUGGAUUUUUUGGAGGAUGGCCAUCAGCAUUUUAUAUAUUUGGUCUCUUAGGAUUUGUGUUGACUAUAUUACUUGCUGUAUUGAUAUAUGAAAGUCCAGAAGUGCAUCCAAGAAUAUCAAAACAGGAAUUAAUUUAUAUAAUUGAAAACACUCCAAAUGUUACAGAUAAAAAACAACCUAUUCCUUGGAAAAGUAUCCUGACAUCAAAACCAGUUUGGACUGUAGCAGUUACUAAAUUUUGUUGGGGCUGGGGUUAUUACACAAUAUUAACAAAAUUACCUGUGUAUAUGGAAUCUAUUUUGCAUUAUUCAGUAGAUAAGAAUGGCUUUCUUAAUGCAUUAUUCCAUACUGCGGAAGGAUUGAGUUCGGUAAGCUCAGGAUUUUUAUCCGAUUACUUACGUAAUCGUCAAUGUUUAAAGAUAACUGUGAUAAGAAAGAUAUUUGAAGCCGGGGGGAUGUUAGGGCCAGCGAUAUGUUUAAUUUCUAUACCGUUAAUAGGUUACAAUCCUUUAAUGGUUAUAAUAAUGUUAACAUUAUCACUAGGAUUGUUUGGAAUGACUGGAGGGGGAGAUUUUCCAACUGUUGUUGAUAUGGCACCUAGUUUUGCAGGUGUUAUAUAUAGUUUAGUAAAUUCUGUUGGAUGCUCAUCAGCAGUUUUCUGUCCUUAUAUAGCUGGUAUAUUACUUGAAGAAUCUCACGGAAGUAUAGAAAAAUGGAGCCUUGUGUUUUAUAUAUCAGCAGGAUUUUUCGUUUUUGGAGGAAUUUUGUUUUUGUUAACUGCAUCUUCUGAAGUACAACCUUGGGCAACCAUUACAAAAGAUGAUAAACCAUUGUUUAGAGAAAAAACUGAUAAUUUUGUUGAUAACAGUAAAGAAAGUGAUGUAAAUGUUAAAGUAUAAAUUAAAGGAUUUAAUUUAUACUUUCAAAC